AUGACAUCCUCCAAAGACUUUUCGCCCCAGAUUCCAAUCGCCAUCGUGGGACUAGCUUGUCGUUUUCCAGGAGAUGCCAAUUCUCCAGCGAAGUUUUGGGAUCUUUUGAAAGAGGGUCGAGACGCCUACUCCCCUCGAACUGAUCGUUGGAACCCCGACGCAUUUUACCAUCCUAACAAGGACCGCGUGAACACCCAACCCACAAAAGGUGGUCACUUCCUCAAGCAAGAUCCCUACGUAUUUGAUGCCUCGUUCUUCAAUAUUACAGCUACCGAAGCCAUUGCACUGGAUCCCAAACAGCGGAUUGCUUUGGAGGUUGCCUAUGAGGCCCUGGAGAAUGCAGGUCUGCCACUCCAGAAGGUGGCUGGCUCCCAGACCGCAUGCUACAUGGGGUCUGCUAUGGCCGACUACCGGGACUCCAUUUCUCGUGACUUUGGCCACGCGCCCAAGUAUUUUGUGCUGGGAACUUGUGAGGAGAUGAUCUCCAACCGCAUCUCCCAUUUCUUGGAUAUCCACGGUCCAAGUGCCACUGUUCACACGGCCUGCUCGUCGAGUUUGGUGGCAACUCAUGUGGCAUGCCAGAGUCUGCGAUCUGGAGAGGCUGAUAUGGCUCUUGCUGGUGGUGUCGGUAUUAUGCUGACCCCUGAUUCCUCUCUUCAACUUAACAACUUGUCUUUCCUCAACCCAGACGGUCACUCUCGAUCAUUUGACGCCGACGCUGGUGGCUACGCUCGUGGCGAAGGGUGUGGUAUCUUGGUGAUGAAGCGACUCGAUGAGGCCGUCCGAGACGGAGACAACAUUCGAGCCGUUAUUCGUGGUUCGGGUGUCAAUUCGGACGGAUGGACCCAGGGAGUCACCAUGCCUUCGCCUCAGGCUCAAGCUGCUCUCAUCAAGCAGGUCUUUGAGAGAAACAAGCUUGACUAUGAUACAAUCCAAUAUGUGGAGGCCCAUGGUACCGGUACCAAGGCUGGAGAUCCAGUUGAAACGAAAGCCAUCUACGACACCAUCGGACAAGGCGUAAACAAGUCGCGGAAGCUCUGGAUUGGAAGUGUCAAACCAAACAUUGGCCACCUUGAGGCUGCUGCCGGUGUGGCUGGUAUAAUCAAGGGCGUGUUGUCUCUAGAGAAUAGCACUAUUCCCCCUAACAUUUACUUCUCGAAGCCCAAUCCCGCUAUCAAACUCGACGAAUGGAACAUGGCGGUUCCUACAAAGUUGGUCAAAUGGCCUGUUACCCAGACCAAGCGAAUGACUGUCAGUGGAUUUGGCAUGGGUGGCACAAACGGCCUGGUUGUGUUGGAGGCUUACACGCCCCAGCGCCGCCUCAAUGGUGCAACCAACGGCACCCGAUCAAAAGAGACCGCGCACUCGAGCAAGAGGCUGUUUGUCUGCAGCAGCCAGGAUCAGGCCGGGUUCAAGCGAAUUGGUGAAACUUUUGUCAACCACUUGGACAGCCUGGGACCCACCGCCUCCAGUAGCGAAUACCUGGCCAACCUUGCCUACACUCUUUCCGCCGCCAGGGCUGGCCUGUCCUGGCGAACAACCUUCGUGACUGACAACACGGCGGAGCUUCGGGAACAACUGGCCACCAACCCAGGUGAGAAUUCCACCCGGGCCAGUGAUGCCGAGGCGCCGCGCAUUGGAUUUGUCUUCACUGGACAGGGCGCUCAAUGGGCUGGUAUGGGAGUGGAGAUGCUUGAACGACCGGUGUUUGGAGCUUCCGUGGGUAGAUCGGCCGAAUUGCUGCGUAGCUUCGGCUGCACUUGGGACCCCAUCACCGAACUUCAAAAGCCCCAAAAGGAAUCUCGCCUCGCUAUCCCCGAGGUCAGCCAGCCCAUUUGCACUGUUGUUCAAAUUGCUCUCGUCGACGAGCUCAAGUCUUGGGGCGUGACACCGGCCAAGGUCGUCGGCCAUUCCAGUGGUGAGAUUGCCGCUGCCUAUACUAUAGGCGCCUUGACGCAUCGCGAUGCCAUGGCUGUUGCCUAUUUCAGGGGUAUGGCAUCGACUGCCUUGAAGACAAGCGCUCCUCACCUUCAGGGAGGUAUGAUGGCCGUUGGCACUUCGGCUAAGGAUGCCCAAAAGCUCAUUUCAGAGACCAAAGGCAGCAUCUCUGGUGAUAUAACUAUUGCAUGCGUCAACUCGCCUUCCAGUAUCACGCUCUCGGGUGACCUUCCAGCGCUCGAACAGCUACGUGCAAUUCUCGAGGAUCGCCGUGUGUUUGCUCGACGUCUCAAGGUCGACGUCGCCUACCACUCGUCGCACAUGAACGUCGCUGCACCAGAGUACCAGCAAUCAAUUGCCGACAUCGAGGCACAUCCUUACUCUGGUGAAGCAGAUCUGGUAAAUCUACCGGUCAUGGUCUCCAGUGUCACAGUUGAAGAGGUCUCGCCGGAGCUUCUGGGAACCUAUUACUGGGUCCGUAACCUGGUCUCUCCCGUUCGAUUCUCGGAUGCUCUAGCAGAGUUGGUGGCCCCAGGUGGCUCAGAGAAGAACGACGUCGAUCUCUUGAUUGAGAUCGGUCCUCACAGCGCGCUGGGUGGUCCAGUCGAGCAAAUCCUCUCCUCCCACAAUAUCCAAAACGUCGACUACAAGUCCGUUCUCACUCGUGGCCAAAACGCUCUUGAUACCUCCCUGUCUCUCGCCUCUGAUCUAUUCCUUCGAGGAGUCCAACUUGACAUGGAGAAGGUCAACGCUGACUCCGACUGUCGCUUGCUACUUGAUCUCCCCUCAUACCCGUGGAAUCAUUCCAAGAUUUUCCGAGCCGACUCGCGUAUUCAGCGAGAGCUACUCCAGAGCAAGAACCCCCGCCACAGCAUGAUUGGGUUGAAGCAACCCAUGCUCGACGAAAGCCAGCACGUUUGGCGGAACUACGUGCGUCUCACUGACGAACCUUGGCUGCGUGGUCACGUUGUUGGUGGCACUGCUCUCGUGCCCGGCGCUGGAAUGGUGAGCAUGGUCUUUGAAGCGGUGCAGCAACUUGUCGACCCCGGGAAGUCCGCUCAUUCACUCCGAGUCCGUGACGUAACAUUCUUCGCAGCCUUGACCCUCCCUGAGGACACAUCCAUCGAGGUUGUGACCAACCUCAGGCCCCACCUGGUGGCUACUUCGGGCUCCACUCCCGCAAGUUGGUGGGAGUUUACCAUUUCUUCGUGCCCGGGAACCGAUCAAAUCCAAGAAAACUGCCGAGGCCUGGUGGCAAUCGAGUAUGCCAACAGCAGGAGCGAGCAGAUGAUCUAUGAGGAUGCCAAUGAAGAGACUUCAAGGAUCGCUGAUUUCCACCGCGUUCGCGAUGAGUCUCCUCUGACGAUCCAGAGAAAAAAGUUCUACGAGCACAUGCAUAAGUCCGGUUACAACUACGGUGAGACGUUCCAAGGAAUGGAAAGGGUCCACUUGGGAGACGGGGAAACUGCCUUCCAUGUGAAGCUCAUUGAUAUUGGCGAGACGUACAGCAAGGGACAGCUCGAGCGCCCUUUCUUGAUCCCAGGAUCGUCACUUGAUGCCAUUUUCCAGUCUAUCUUUGGAAGUACUUUCAAGAAUGGCGCCUUUGAGGUCGAGAAGCCCAACUUCCUUGCCUACAUUGGGGAACUCGAGAUUUCUCUGAAUAUUCCCGGCGAAGUUGGGUAUGUGAUGCCUGGUGUCUGUUUCUCGCGCAAGCAUGGCUUCAACCAGCAGUCUGCCGACAUCUUCACCUUUGACAAGUCUCUUUCCCAGAUGCAUCUGGCUGUCCGAGACUUUAGGAUGACCGAGCCAGAGGUCGGUGAUGAUGCUUCGGAUGGACUCGAGCCCUGGGCCUUUACUUCGGUUCCGCGCUGGAAUUACGCAUUGAGCCUGCUCAAGCCAGAGGAAAUUAGUUCGGCGUUGACUAAGGUGACAGCAAAGGACGCUCCAGUUGAGCUACUUCGCGCGAUACUUCACGAGAAUCCGUCCGCAUCGGUUAUUGAGCUCAUUCCCGAAACCGAUGAUCUUGCAGUUGCUUCUUCCUAUCAGCUACCCAAGGGCAGCAUUCAGCCAUCUCAGCUUCGGUACGCGGUUGUUAAACCUAGCCCAGAUAACCUUGCCGAUGAGAGCCUGGUUGGAGAAGUAUUUGAGUUGAACGGAGUCAGCGAAGAUGAUCAAAAGACUUCGGCGGAUGUGCUUAUCAUUCCUGCGUCUGCGGGCCUUCUUGAGGACAGCAAUGCCAUUCUCGCACGUUUCCUGAAGCUUGCCGGUUCUGCCGCACUUGUGAUAACAGCUUCCGGAUUGCAUAGCGCGGGCUCUGUCCUUGAAGCGAACGGGUUCCAGGCUUUCCCCGGCCUGAAUGGCAUCACUAGCCUGCCUGGGCUUUAUUCCAAUGUUGAGGAACCGUCUUUGCCUCAAGCCAACCGGGGAACCCGAGACACGUCCGACACAAAAAUCACCAUCCUCGUGCCAUCCUCUCCCAGCUCUAGUACCACUGAAUUUUCGACAGCGUUGUCUUCUCGACUAGAGGGCCAGAAGUAUUCCGUGAUCGUCCAAAAGUGGGUCGGUGGUGAAGCUGAAAAAUUCCACAAUACCACUUACAUUUCUCUUCUUGAGCUUGAACAGCCCUUCCUCGAUGACCUCUCUGAGCCUGACUUCCAGGGUAUCAGGAACUUGGUUCUCGAUUCUAAUCGUCUAAUCUGGCUUACACUUGGCGAGAAUCCUUCCUUUGGUGCCGUCGAUGGAUUCUCUCGUGUCAUGCGAAGUGAAUUGGGUGUUCCCAAAUUCCAGGUGCUGCACUUGAGCGGCCAAGCUGGCUUGCAGAGCCGAGCGGAGCUCACGGAGCGCGUCCUCAAAUCGCCCACUGAAGACACUGAGUUCCGUGAGCGAGACGGUCUGCUUCAGGUCAUUCGUAUCUUCAACAGUCCAGAUGUCAACGAGACUCUUCGUGGCCACUUGGAGAACACUACCCGCGUUCUCCCUAUCAAGCAGCUCGAUUAUCCGGUCCGGCUGACUGUUGGCAAGCCAGGAUUCUUGGAUUCCCUCCAAUUCAUCAAGGACAGACGUGCUGAGGCUCCUUUGCCUGAAAAUGAAAUCGAGAUCGAUGUCCGCGCGUCAGGUGUCAAUUUCCGUGAUGUGAUGGCGUCAAUGGGUCUCAUCUCCACCCCUAUUCUUGGAUUUGAGGCAAGUGGUGUGGUGACGAAGAGCGGUUCCCAGGUCUCUCAGUUCCAACCAGGCACCCGGGUUAGCUUCAUCGGAGAACACACUCACAGCACGAGAAUUCGGGCCGACCCACGUCUUGUUGCUCCUGUUCCAGAUGACGUGUCGUUCGAGGAUGCUGCUUCUCUGCCAAUCGUUGGUGCCACAGCCUACCACACUUUGGUCAACCUUGCCAGGCUACGCAAGGGUCAGACCAUUCUGAUUCAUGCUGCUGCCGGUGGUGUCGGUCAGGCGACAAUUCAACUGGCCAGCCACCUUGGUCUGGUCAUCUAUGUCACCGUUGGUACUGAAGAUAAGCGCAAGCUCCUGGGAGAGAAGUACAAUAUUCCUCAGGUAAACAUCUUCAACUCACGCGACGCUAGUUUCGCCAAGGGUAUCAAACGAGUGACCGGCGGCCGUGGCGUUGACUGCGUGAUUAACUCGUUGUCUGGUGAGCUUCUCCGAGCCUCGUGGGGAUGCGUUGCUCCAUUCGGUACUUUCAUCGAGCUGGGUCUCCGUGAUAUCACGGAUAACAUGCGUCUUGAUAUGCGCCCAUUCAGCAAUGUGACUAGCUUCACAUUCUGCAACAUCCUCGCCUUGAUGCAGCAAGACCCGGAUGCUAUGGGUGUCGUUCUGAAGGAGACCUUCGAGCUUGUCUCUCAGGGCAUUCUCACUUCGCCUUUCCCAACCACCGUUUUCCCCGUUGAGCAGGUCCAAGAUGCUUUCCGUCUCAUGCAACAGGGCAAGCACCGCGGAAAGCUUGUGCUCUCUUUUGCAGGGAAUCCCCAAGCCCCGGUUCUUUGCGAGGCCAAGGAGUCCCUGCAACUGGACUCUGAUGCCACCUAUCUCAUUGUGGGUGGACUCGGUGGCUUGGGUCGUAGCAUAGCUUUGGAGCUCGUUGCAUCUGGAGCUCGACACCUUGCCUUCAUCUCACGAUCCGGUGAUUCCACGCCCCAGGCCAAGGCUAUCGUGGCUGAGCUGAAAGAACGCAACAUCGACUUCCGGGCGUACCGUGGCGACGUUUCGAAUGAGGCGUCCUUCUUGGCCGCCAUGGAGCAGUGCUCACGCGACCUACCCCCCAUCAAGGGUGUGAUUCAAAUGGCGAUGGUGCUACGUGAUAUUAUCUUCGAGAAGAUGACGCACGAGCAGUGGACAGUGCCACUUCGUCCCAAGAUCCAGGGAACCUGGAACAUUCAUCAAUACUUCGACGAGUCCCGACCCCUCGACUUCCUGGUUAUCUGCUCUUCUACCUCUGGUAUCCACGGCUAUCCCAGUCAAUCGCAAUAUGCGGCGGGUAACACCUACCAGGAUGCUCUGGCAGCCUACCGGCGGGCUCGCGGUCUGAAGGCCGUUGCGGUCAAUCUGACCAUUAUUCGGGAAGUUGGCAUUCUCGCCGAGCAAGGCACAACGGGUAACAUCGCGAUCUGGGAAGAGGCUCUGGGUAUCAAGGAACCCGCAUUCCACGCGCUGAUGAAGACUUUGAUCACUGGCCAGCAGGGACCUGCAGGCUCGGAAUUCCUUCCUCCCCAGGUUUCCACCGGUCUCGGAACAGCCGACAUCAUGGCUGCCCACAACCUGGCUCUCCCGGAUUAUUUCCAGGAUCCUCGAUUCGGACCCUUGGCCGUGUCUGCUUUCUCCACUAACGUUGGCGGUGAUAGCCGUAACGCGACCGUCUCCUUGUCUUCGAAGCUCAUCGAAGCUGGCAACGUGGAUGAGGCCUCCGAAGUCAUUGCUGACGCCCUUGUCACCAAGGUGGCCGACAUCUUGCAGAUCCCGGUUUCCGAAGUUGACGCGAGCCGCCCCAUGUACCGUUACGGAGUCGACUCCCUGGUUGCCUUGGAGGUCCGUAACUGGAUUGUCAAGGAGAUGAAGGCCACCGUGGCAUUGCUGGAGAUUCUGGCCGCCGUGCCCAUGAACGUCUUUGCUAAAACCAUUGCCAGCAGGAGCAAGCAUUUGGCUGCUGCCUCCAACUAG